AUAAACAUUACUCUCCCGGCAGUCAACCGAAUACGAUGUUUAGUUCAUCAAAGCGGGCGUUUAGUUUGUGCUAUUUCACAACAACAACAAAAACAACAACCAUCUCUAGUAUAGUAAUCAUCUUCUUGACCCUUAUCUCGUAUGGCUAUGGUCAAGCUACGUAUCAUUAUGAAACAAAGGAAUUCGAGGUGCCCCUGGACCAUUUCAAUUUCGUGUUAAAUACUUCGUUUAAGCUGCGCUAUUUGAUCAAUGACAGCUAUGUGGAUAAACAAAAUGUUAAGUCGCCACUAUUUUUCUAUACCGGCAAUGAAGGUGACAUUGAGACAUUUGCCAAGAACACUGGCUUCAUGUGGGAGUUGGCCCAAAGCUAUAGGGCAUGUGUGGUAUUUGCCGAGCAUCGUUAUUAUGGCAAAUCCUUGCCCUUUGGCAAUAUGACUUUUAAUGCCACACAACCACUCAACUAUGGCUAUCUGAGUGUGGAACAAGUUUUGGAAGAUUUUGCUGACUUAAUCCAGGAUUUGCAAGAGAAGAACAAAUAUGGUCCAGUUAUUGCUUUUGGUGGUUCAUAUGGCGGCAUGCUGUCCGCUUGGUUUCGCAUGAAAUAUCCCCAUUUGGUGUAUGGGGCUUUGGCAGCAUCAGCACCGGUGCGUCAAUUUGAUGGAUUGACGUCAUGUGAUAUAUUUUCAAGAAUUACUACUUCCAUUUUUGCCAACUCAUUUAAGGACGGUACAUGUAGUGCAAAUAUAAGAAAAUCAUGGGAUUUAUUUAAACAACUGAGUGCCAGCGACGAGGGCAAAAAGAAACUCAAUGAGGCCUUUGUCUUUUGCGAUGCCAUUAAGGUUGAGGAUGAUCUUAACAAAUUUAUGGACUAUUUGGAGGAUGUCUAUGCAAAUUUGGCCAUGGCCAACUAUCCCUAUGCAAAUGAUUUUCUAAGUCCGCUGCCUCCUUAUCCUGUAAGGCAAUUCUGUUCUUACUUGCAAACUCUGGAGACGGGAGAUAAGCUAUUGGAUGCCAUGAAACAGGCCAUCAAUGUUUAUUUCAAUUUCACGGGUGCGGCCAAAUGCUUGGACUACAAAUCGGCUUUUGAUCCUAACUCCAUAGGUGGCGAUGCCUGGGAGAUUCAGACCUGCAAUCAAAUGGUAAUGCCCAUGUGCUCCACUCCGGAAACCAUGUUCCGUGUCAAGGAAUGGAAUUUUAAGGAAUACACCGAAAAUUGUAUGAAAAAGUUUCAUGUGAAACCUAAGCUAAAUGACAUUACCCUGCGUUAUGGCGGCAAGAAUGUUCGUGAUAUAUCCAAUAUUAUUUUUAGCAAUGGCCUAUUGGAUCCCUGGAGUGGUGGUGGCGUUCUACAAACGGACAAUGAGGCUAUACAUAUAAUUAUAAUACCCGAGGGAGCCCAUCAUCUAGAUUUGAGGGCUUCAAAUCCCAAUGACCCCAGAUCGGUGAUACAAGCGAGACAAAGAGAAAAGAAUAUAAUUGGCAAAUGGAUAGAGGAGUAUCGUUGGUAGAUGAGAUGACGGUGUGGUUUUGAGCAGAGAUUAUAAAAGCAGCAGGACAAUAAGCAGCUAAUUAAAGUUCUUGGAUAACACCCAAUAAUUUUUUUUCUUUUACUAUUUUAUAGAAACGGAAUGAUGAACAAAAUCUGUAUGAAAGAGUCAAUAAAGAUUAUUUCACUUUUAUUUUAAGGAA